AUGCCGGCUUUCUUUCUGAAAAGCAGUGCGAAAAAGAAGGAUAAUAGUAGGAAAAGAGUGCGUUUUUGAUGAACAUUCAAUUUUCACUAUCAAAUUGAUAUUCUUGCCUCCAGCGUCCGGCCGCUACGUGCCCCAAAAGGCCACGCCCCCUUUUUCUCUUCCACGACAAAGUCCGAAAUUGCGCGGGAAGAGAAAAGGGGGCGCGUAGCGGCCGGACGCUGAAGGCAAGAAUAUUAAUUUGAUAGUAUAAGAAAAGUUGCAGAAGAAUGGGAAAGGCGACGCGAAGAGCGAGGAGGUGGCGGCGAAAUUGUCGAGACGACAGAAAUUGAUGGCGGCCACCGAAAUUCAUUCGGAUGAGGAGGUUAGGAGGGAAAACUGGAGGGAAAACAGUUUUCCGGGUGAACAUCGGACAAAUUUGUGUUGUUUUGCCAUCUUUUGCAAACGUCGUCACAUUUGUAGAACUCAUCAAGAUCAACAAUCUGAUAUGUCGCUCUACGUUCUACGAAACUUCCAAUUAAAACUGCGAAUAAUUGUAGGACUCUCUGGCCGGAUCGGCAGUGGGCACAGACGCCGAAAGCGACGUGGAAUACGAGGAUGCGCACGAGCGAAACUAUCGGGAGGCGAAGAAAUUGCUGGAAAAGAUUCAGACGACGGUGACGACACAGGAAGAAGUGACGGAGAAGUUGCGGGAGGAAGCGGCGAUGCGGACGGGAAUUCAGAUGAGAAGAGUGGCCGACGUCGUCGAAUUGGACGACGACACCGAGAUCAGCUACAAGGCGCACAGGUGAGGCUGUUUUCUAAAUAAGAAAACACAAAAAAGACGCAUUUUAUGUGAGUUGAGCGCCGGCAGCACCCUCUAGAAUACCUGUACCGAGCCCGAGAGUCGGUAAUGUCCAGAUUGCCUGGAUUGUCCUUAAGGGGCAGCAAUCUGGACAUUUCCGACUUUACCGCGACUCCAACAGGUGCCAGGUUUCUUCAACUGUCCAAAUUACUUCUAUGGGCCAUAUUGGUCCUACAUGUUUAACAGACAAUACAAUAAAACGAAGCUUAAUAAGAGGCAACUCAGAAGACACACAAAAAAACAUGUCAAAACACUUGAGGGUUCCCUGAAUGGUGUUUUAUUUUCAGACUCACUCCCCUUUGUGUCGUAUUCUCGCCAGACGCCAAGUACGUGAUCAGCUGCGGAAAAGAAUCGAGUAUUGUCAAAUGUACGUUUCAAUUUGGUGCUAAAACCUGACCGAAAAAACGAAAUUGCACAUUUGCAGACAAUGUGGAGACGAAAAAAGUGGUGGGCUUGGUGAAGAGGACGAAAAAGCGGGUGGGAAGUGUGGCGGCGGCGGAAGAGCCGUCUUCGGCCCAUUUCGGAGUCAUUUUCGCACUGGCCGUCUCCCCGGAUCAGAAAUUCAUCGCUUCCGGCGGAUUCGACAGCGUCGUCAAAAUUUGGAGCUUCGAGACAUUGGACCAUCUGAAAGACCUUUCCGGCCAUCGCGGUCCCAUUUAUUCGCUGUGCUUUCAGCUGAAAACCAACAAUUUGUUCUCCGCCAGUCAGGACCGAUCUGUGAAGGUAAAAAAUGCGAAAAUCUAUGUUGUUUUCUGUGAAAAUGUUCAUGAAAUUUGAUUAUGAUUUUAGUGCAGAAUCCAGUAAAGAUUCGCAUGUUUCGUGUUGCAGAUGUGGGACGUCGAUCAACUGGGACUCGUCGACACAAUGUACGGCCACCAGGACGGAGUUCAACAGAUCGGAGUGCUCUCGAAGCAACGAGUAGCCACUGUGGGCGGACGGGACCGUACCGCCCGUCUUUGGAAGGUCGAGGACGAGAGUCAGCUGGUUAGUCGAAAUGUUUGAAGAAUCGGUUCAAAAACUCAUUUUCCAGAUGUUCACAGGCCUUCCGAAUUGUGUCAGCCUCGACUGCGUCGCCAUGAUCAACGAGGAGCAUUUUGCGACCGGUGCCGCCGAUGGGUACGUUUUUUUUUACUAAAUAAACGAGAAAGGGAUACAAUAGGUUACUGGAAGCAUUUGAGCCGUGUUCUGUUCCCCUCGGAGCUCUCCAGCCCACAAUUUUCACAAUAUUCAGUUGCCUAGCGAAUUCAGGGCGUCUCUUUUACUAGGAAACGCUUUUUUGUCGUAUUCUCCUUCCCAACCACACUAUUUUCGGCUUCUGACCACUUUCCCCCCGCUGUCCAUAACUUCCGCCCCCAACGUCUAGUAAUGUAGCUUGAUUCGGUUUCCAGAAGCUCGAGGCUUGAGAAAUCAUGCUUCUCACAUGUCAGUACUAAAAUAACUCUAGUUUGUGUGACACCAGGAGUUAUACAUAUUUACCUUGCGUUUCGUUCGGUCUUCCUCCAAACUGUCUCUUUCUCUCUCUUUCUCUCCUUCAAAAAUGAUUGAUAGUCAAUAAACGAAUCGGUGCGCCACAGUCGAAACAUUGGAAAGAAGGAAUGCGUCAUUCCCGCACUUCAAAUGACUCAUCUUCCGUUUUUCUUGAGCGCGACACAUCGGAAAUUGGGUUUUCUAUAGUUUUUGUACAGUUUUCCUAUUUGUUGCUUCCGCCAAGUGGUUUUUUGAUGCUUUCAGUGAAAUCCACCUUUUUCUGAAGCCUUCGAAGCUAUCUAGCAGCCAUGGCAGUGGUUUUUUGGCUUUCCCUCAAUUUGCGCUGAAACGUAGAUUUUUACCAUGUUUAGUAGUGAAAGCUUCCACGCCUUACGGCUGCCACAUUUUUUUUUCGAACCAGGCCGCUCCCACUCGCCUGUCCCGAACUGCCGGCGCUCAUUUCAAAACACCUAUGUUCUCCUCAUAACGCAUUCAACUUGUGUCCAUACGCUUCUCACUCGAUCCCUCCGGACGCGGAAUGAAUGAAUACAAACACUUGUCCCCGAGAGACACGGACACCCAAUUAGCCCGUCAACAACUGCAGCAGCAGCAGUAGCAGAUGAAUGUACGGAAUGGCAGUAGUCGGCAGCAGCUGUUUCGUCGUGUUUUCCUCCUUCUCCACCUUUUUCUUAUGGAUUUUGGUCCUUUUCUGAGAAACUUUUGAAGUUUUUAGACUUGUUCGAGCCCUAAGCUUUUACAUCUCUAUCACUUUGAGAAGCUUCCAGAAGCUCGAAAAACAAGUUUUACAACUUCUAAACCAUCAGAAUUCCCAUUUUCCCCUUUCGAUCGUGAUCAUGAUCAUGACGAAGAUGCUGAAGACCAUAACUUUCCUUUCCUCCCACUUUUCAAACAGAAUUCCUCUUUCUUCUUUUUCUCUUUCAAUUCAGAAUUCCCUCUCCAUUUUUAAUAGACAUGAACACACACACACACAAGUGAGUGUCACAAUGGCGGAGGUCUAUACCGGUGAAAAAUAGGCAGAAAAAGGAGGGCGCAAACAAGGAGAGUUAGACAGUACUUAUGCGGAAGAGAGGGACGAAAAAAACAUGGAAAAAAUGACGAUUGACCCGGAAAAGGCGGCGGUGAUGUUGAUGUUUUCUCGAGUUCCGGACAGUGAUUCGAUCGCAUUCUUUCUUGUCAAAAUAGCCUAGGAAGACCGUUUGAACACUGUAGUUCAGUGCCAAAAGUACAGUUUACUACCGUUGAAAAGUAAACCAUUUCCGCUCGGAAAUCCCUUUUGGAAUGCCAAUCGUAUGUAGUACUCCUUCGGUCUUUUUCUCGUGUUUACCCCUCCAACAACUCUUGGGUUUUCUUUUCUUUUCCAACAAAUCUUCGUCGUCGGCGUCGUCGUCGAAACGGACUGUUUACCGUUUCCAUCCGCUCAGCCAUUGGAACCGGCUCGCACGUCAUUUUUCCGCGUUCUUUCACGCAAAUCGGAGGGUUUCCGUGAAAGAACGUGAACACUUGCCCGGCUUUUUGAGCUCCGUUCAGUUUGGAGCAGCGAGAGGAAAAGCGGGUUGAGGCAGGUGUUUGCCAAGUGUGUGAGCACACGCAAAGACUCUUCCUGACUCUGCUGCACCCCGCACUUUCUUCUCCGCUCGGAGCGAAGAAGCCAACACGUUGAAAACGUGUUGAUUCGGUUUUCCUCCAGUUUUUGAAACUUUGGAGCUCUUUUAAGAUCAACGGAAAGCUAUCAAAGCUCAGCGGCGUCUUCUUUUAAUUUUCAACAAAAAACUCUGCCGAUUCUCACCAACUUUACACCCUCCGCCUCAUCUUUUGCUCCCCUCCGUCCUCCUCAGUUCUCAUCACAAGAACAUUGGAAUUGGCUUCUUCUAGAAUCGUCGUUAUUAGUACACACGCACACACACACACUUUCGUCGCAAUCACUUUUUCCGCAUCUUCUCCGUCCGUCUUUUUUCGCCUAUUAACAUUUUCCUUCCGAACAUUUUCCUCAUUUCCACAACGCCGGGAUUCUCAUCAGAAAGACACGGCCCAUUAGCCUGCUUCUCAUCUGUAAUUUCAUCCGUAUGUUAUUGUCGGACCGCUUUUUCUUUUCGAAUCUCCUUCUUCUUCUUCUUUUUCGCGGCCUAUUGUAAAGGUUGAAGGGCGGGAAAUACUUGACACAUUUUGAAGCGGAAAAUGUGAGAAAAUACGAACGUUUCGAUAGGAUUCGUUCGUGACCUUUAAAGUUUUCAGGCUUCUCGGGAACCAUUUUCUUUUGAACUUUACCUAGCUUUAGAACAAAUUGAGGAUAAUUCUACCUUUAAAAGCUGGUUUCGGCUACUUUCGAUAUGCGCGCUAUAUUCUCACGGAUUAGCUAGCAGUUAGCCGUCAAACUUUCACUAUUAUCUAGUCAUUCUUCUUCUUCUUCUUCUUCUUCUCCUUCUAGUAACUGGACUUACCUCUUCACAGUUAUCCCCUCCUAUAUUCAUUCGUUUCGCCGUCAGAAAUGCGCGUUUAUUUCUGAUUUAGCGAAGAACUGGCAAACUGGUAGGAUUAGAAGCUAAAUCGGAGGGAUUGAGACAAUUUGGCAUUAUCGGCGUUCUCGACGACCAGAAAUGACGUGAUUGCCUUCAAAAACUCUUAUUUCCAACGUUUCUAGUAUUAUCGACUUCCUUCCACGCCAAUUCGGAUCAGCAGUAGUUAUUUUCAUAGAGGAGUUGACUUACAAUACUCUUGUGCGUGUUUUUCUAAAGUAGUACUGUAGACCAACUUUAGUGAAAUCUAUGCGUUGUUACGUCAUAUAGCCAAGCUACAGUUUCAAAAAAUGAACAUUUUACGCUUGAAUACGUAAAAAUAACUAAUAGUUAUUGUUGCCACGUCACAGACAAAGUACAAUGACCCAUUGCCACGUCAUUCCACCCACCCCUCCUUUUUCCGAUCAGUAUCCAAACAAGUGCUUUUUUGCUCAGCUCCAGCCAGCAAAACAACAGGCAAAUCCGUUUGCCACGUCAUGUGGCGAUUAGAAAAACAAACGCAUAGUUUGCUCUUCUUCUUUUUUCUUCCGCUCAUCUUUUUCCCUCUUUCUCUCGUUUCUCAGCGUUUUCCGCGCGGAAGAAGAUCACACGUCAUUCUUCUCUCUUCCGUUGGCUGCUUGCCAGAAAACAUACACUUUUUUCUGCGCGCGCGCGCGCGGAAAACAUGUGUUUACCUGAGAAAAUUGAUGCUCAGACACCCGAAGACAUGUUUUUAUUGUGUUUUGUGUGAUCAAACAAUAUUCCAAGAAAACAUUUUUUUUGCAGAGCUAUCGCCCUUUGGUCGUUCUGGAAGAAGCGUCCGCUGCACGUCAGAAAAGAGGCGCAUGGAUCGGCGAAUGGAAACGGGCGGUGGAUUGUCGCGUUGGCCGUUUUGCCGUAUUCGGGUAAGCUGUUUUCUUGCUGAAAAUCUUUUUCUGUAUUUCCGCUGCAAAUGCAUUCCCUCUGUCUGACGAAUAAUCGAAAUUCCAUGACACGCGACGUUUGUACAGCUUUCUCUUGCCGCAAAGAGAGCAAGGAGCGGGUGUCAAAGGGCUUUGUUUUAACAAAACGCGCUUUUCCCACCUAUUUUCCUCAAAAUCCCCUAAAAAAUACAAAUUGCACAGUUUUACAUAGUUUUGCUAUUUUUAGACCUUCUGGCGUCUGGAUCGAAUGAGGGAGAGCUGAAAUUAUGGAAGAUCGCGGAGAACUUCAAAUCGAUCACUCCGUUCUUCUCGUACUCCGUGCCCGGAUUCAUCAACAGCAUCGAUUUUGCGCCGAACGGGCGAGCCCUCGCGGUCGGAGCCGGAAGAGAGCACAAAGACGGAAGGUGGUGGGUGAGUCACAUUUUAUGAUAUUUUCCAGAUAUUUUAACAUACACAUUUGCCCCCAUUCCCAACUCAAUUUCUGCAGUUUCAGGUCGAUAAAGAGGCCCGUAACCAGGUGUUGAUCCUGCCGAUCCGCUACACGGACGGAAGUGGCGAAAAGGAGAAGGAGACGGGCGAAGAGGCGAAGGGAAUCGAAUCGGGAUCCGACGACGAAGAAGAAGAAGAAGAGGAUUUCGAGGCAGAUUCGGAUGAGGAGAAGGGAAAAGUGCCGAAGAAUGGGAGUGUCGAGUCGGAGGAUGAGGAGGACGAGGAAUGA